AUGACUCAAGCAUCUACCAAGGUUCAGCAGCUCAUCGACAACAACUCUGUUGUUGUCUUCUCCAAGUCUUACUGCCCUUACUGCAAGCAGACCAAGAAGACUCUGGAUGAGCUUAACGCUGAGUACGAGCUUCUCGAGCUUGAUGAAGUUUCCGACGGUUCUGCCCUCCAGGAUGCUCUCGAGCAAAUCUCUGGCCAGCGCACUGUUCCCAAUGUCUACAUCAAGCAGCAGCACAUUGGCGGCAACUCCGACGUUCAGAGCUUAAAGGCUGGUGGAAAGCUUGCUUCCCUGCUCAAGGAGGCCGGUGCCCUGAAGGCGUAA